AUGAUAAAGAAAAUUAGAGAGAUUUUGAGAAAUUCGCAGCAAUCUGAGGAAUCAAUAAAAUAUGCUGGAAAAGAUAGCCAGGCUACUGUACAACAACUUGUUGCAAAAAAGAAUUCGAAACAGUUGGGAAAAGAACUGACAGAAAUGGCUGAUGUGCUUAGGUUUGCAGGUGAUUUGUUUCGCAAAGAAGUCUGUCUUCCAAAAAAAUAUUGGAAUUUGUGGAGUCAAAUUAAACGGCAACCAAAGCUGCAAAUCGAUCAGUCGAGGUUUGUUGGAGAAUUCCAUAACAGAGACGACAAAGGCGACUGGCGUGUUAUCGGAAUGCGUCCUGUGCGUGGCAAUUUGGUUACUAUCGAAUAUGACGUUAUGCGUUUGUAUAAAGAAAACGCAUCUUUUCCUGAAAUAAUGGCGAAGGAAAAUAACAACCAUGUAAUGAAAUUAUGUAAUUCAGACAAUUCGAGGAACCACGUGUUUUUCAUGCAACAAUACAAAUUGCUUCUUCUUCUUAAAAAGCGCUACCAAAAUUAUCGGCAACGAAAACAUUUCCCAGGAGUGUUUGGAUGUGGUGCAUUUGAAGAACUUUGCUACAAGGAAAAGUUAUCAACAAGCGAUAUGUUACCGAAGUUGCUUAUUUAUUUUCCAUACCCAAAUCCAAGACCAUAUUUCCUGCAAGAGAAAAUUCAACCAACAUUAGAAGAAAUUUUCCGGAUGACUCAAUUUGGUGUCUUAAAUAUUGGGAUUACUCGAGAUGUAAUUAUCGGUUGCAUUAAGGCUUUACGGUUAUUACAUCAGAUAGGUUAUGUGCACCGUUGUGUCGCACCGUAUAAUUUUGCGAUCCGUCUUGAACCCUUUUCAAAAAUGAUUCUUCAAAAUGAUCUUUGUGAACAAAUAUGUCUUAUUGACUUAACAUUUGCCCGAAAGUACAAAGAUAUGAACAAACCACCGCGAAGAGUAACUGCUUUUACUGGCACCUAUAAAUAUUGUUCAGUGUCGGUUCACAAUCACUUAGAACAGUUUCCAAAAGAUGACAUAAUCUCUUGCAUUUAUAUGUUUUGUGAAUUUUUGCAAGGCUAUUUGCCAUGGAAAGGACUAAAAAAUAUUGAGGAAAUAGUGAUAUUGAAACGUGAACUGCAGAUGAAACCCCCAGUGUUUAUGAAUAACACUGGUGCCAACAGGACUGUAAUCGAUCUCGGCCGGCUACGUGGAGUGUUUACAUUGCUUGAGGAAAUCAAACCUUAG